AUGGACGUCUGUUUAGAGCCGCCAACGGUACACCAGGAUCAGGAAGCAUGGCAAUCCUAUUCACUAGACCAAGGAGAGGUUGGAGAUCCUUCGACGCCGCGCACUGCGGGCUCGCGCGCCGCGGCAAAGGGCGUUCUUAAAGGCCCUGUUUCAAGGGACUCUAACGAAAAGGAGGCAAGCCAAGGAACCGUGUCGCGGCUGGAGCAGGUUUUCCGAGGUGCUCGUGACUCCGUGUCGGUACGUGUUGCGUGCACGGUGCGCGCAGACGCGCCUCGUGCGCGCUUUCUGGUUUCGCGGCUCAGAGUCCGGAGUUUCUUGGAAGCGCUUGCGCUCGCUGGCGGCGGUCGCGAGCGACGCCUAACGGGCACGCUCACGAUUACCGCAGACUCAUACCACUCUGCAACUGUGGAGUGUCCGCUGGACGUCGAGCUGCUGACCUCGGUGGUCGGCGAUGCGCCGGUGUGCAUGCUUCUGCCGCGAGAGCUUGUACACGUGAUCCGCUCGGGCGGGCUGGAGCUGCGGUCGCAGGUGCGCGCGCUUAGCGCGCGCGCUAUUACGCUCGAAAGCAUUAAAUCCGCGCCUGUUUUUGCCGAUCUCGCGAGCCUGGCCGCGCACAGCUUCUACAAGUGCCCGCACGCGCCGUUCUGCCCCAUCCCUGCGCGAGCGACGCCGCGGUGCAUCUCUGCCACGCUUGUUGCCCCAGCCGCAUGCUCGCGGGCCCCGUCAGAGAUCACCACCCACACGGUUCGCCUGAACAAGCCCGAGAUCACCUUCCUCAUUGGCCGCCAGGGCGCCCGAAUCGAACAGCUAAGGCUCCAGUCACGUGCCGUCAUCAAAAUCCUACCCAUCCCGGCCCGCCUCUCCGCCAACCAGCUCGCCAACCCCGCCUGUAUCGAGCAGUGUCUCUCUAUCACCGGCGACAUUGAGUCCGUGGCCCGCGCCGUGUGUCUUGUGGGCGCGCUACUCGAGACCUUCCGCCAAGCGCCGCGGCACGUGCGCUGA